CUACCUCGAAAUAAUAUACCGGCCUCCAAACAAACACACAGCCUCAUCCGAGUUAGUUUCAUGUUCCAGAGAAAUGGAACCUUCAGCAGCUCCUCGUCAGUUAACUCCACCACUUCAACCAAACCCAAUUGACACCAACAUCAAAACAAAGCUCCUCAAAAACAACAUAACCCCGACUCCCAAAAUCACCCACACUCUCCGCAAAAAACACCUCCACAAAACCCUCCGCAAAGCCCAGAAAAACCCACCCAUUUCACCCCAGCCCAUUGAUCAAGAACUCGCCCACCAAGCCCAUUUCAAUGCCAUCAAAAAUGAGUACAGAAGCUUCAGAAAGGCCAUUUCAAGAAAGAGGGUGGAAGAGGGAGUGAGGGUUUGUGGGAAGCCUUGGGAAGGAUUGGAGAGGAUUGAGUUGAGAGAGCUUUCGAGUUUCGGUGAUGGGGAGGUGGGAGAUAAGUUGAAAUUUGAGCAUUUGAGGGAGUUGGGUGAUAUUAUUGAAGUUGAGAGGGAUAAGUUUAGGUGGCUUUUGGAUGAUGAUGUGGAAUUUGAGGAGGGUAAGGGGGGUUUGUUUGAUGGGAGCAAGGGGAAGGGGGUUCGACCCAAGCGGCCUGAUUCGGAAGCUAUUAGCUUUCUUGUUGAUAAGCUGAGUGACACAAAGCUGACCGUGAAGGACUGGAAAUUUGGUAAAAUGAUGAAACAAUCAGGCUUACUUUUUACCGAAGUACAGUUGGUUAAGAUUUUAGAAAUGCUUGGUGAUAGAGGUCAGUCGAGUCAUGCCUUAUCUGUUGUGGAAUGGGUUUACAACUCCAAGGAUCACAAACAAUACAAGAGCAGAUAUGUAUAUACAAAACUAUUGGCCGUUCUUGGAAAAGCUAGAAGGCCUGAUGAUGCCCUUCAAAUAUUCAGUCUGAUGUGUGGGGACUACUACAUAUAUCCUGACAUGGCCGCAUAUCACAGUAUAGCGGUCACACUGGGUCAAGCUGGAUAUCUGAAGGAGUUGGUAAGUAUUGUCGAGCAUAUGAAGCAAAAACCUUCAAGAAAAAUAAAAAAUAUGAGGUGGAAGAACUGGGACCCUGUUAAGCAGCCGGAUGUGGUUGUCUAUAAUGCUAUACUGAAUGCUUGUGUUACAUCCCGACAAUGGAAGGGUGUGUCUUGGGUGUUUGAACAGAUGAGAAAGGGUGGUCUAAAACCUAAUGGAGCAACAUUUGGACUUGCAAUGGAGGUUAUGCUGCAAUCGAAGAAGUAUGACCUGGUUCAUGAAUACUUCUGGAAGAUGAAGAGAAGUGGGGAAGCGAUAAAAGCCCUUACGUAUAAAAUUCUUGUCAGAGCCUUUAAAGAGGAAGGGAAAGUUAAUGAAGCUGUUCAAGCUGUAAGGGAGAUGGAACAAAGAGGAUUGGUCGGCACAGCUUUAGUAUACUAUGAGCUUGCAUGCUGCCUUUGCACAAAUGGGAGGUGGCUAGAAGCUAUGGAGGAGAUCGAGAAGCUUAAAAAGCUUCCUCGUACGAAAUCGUUGGAAGUUACUUUCACCGGCAUGAUCUUGGCCGCCAAGGAUGGUGGAUACAUUGAUCAUUGCAUAUGUAUCUUUGAGCGCAGUAAAGACCAUUGUGAUCCGGGAAUUGGGAUCAUAAAUGCCAUGCUGAAAAUUUAUGGCCAAAAUGAUAUGUUUUUUGAGGCUAGAGAACUAUUUGAGCAUUUGAAGAGAACUGCUCCUGGUCCUGAUACUUGCCAAAGUAACCAUAGUUCCUCUCUUAACCCAGACAUGUACACUUAUUUUGCUAUGCUUGAAGCUUCUGCUGCUGCUCUUCAGUGGGAAUAUUUUGAGAAUGUCUACAAGGAGAUGGUCCUCUCUGGUUAUCAGCUCGAUCAAAACAAGCAUGCACACCUACUUGUAAAAGCAUCCCGAUAUGGGAAGUGUUAUGUACUGGAACAUGCAUUUGACACUAUUCUGGGAGCUGGUGAAAUUCCCCAUCUCUCAUUCUUCACUGAAAUGGUGUGUCAAGCCUCUUCUCAACGUGAUUAUGGACGAGCUGUUGCCAUCGUCAACACCUUGGCUUAUGCUCCAUUUCAAGUAAGUGAGAUGCAAUGGAAACGCCUCAUUGAAGAUAAUGCUGAAAGGAUUAACGAGGAUAUAUUAAAGGAACUAUUCGACUCGCUUUGCCAUCAUGAGUUAUCGACAGAAGUGUCCGUCUCAAAUUUGAUAAGGGUACUGCAAUCUCUUUGUGGACUGACUAAAACAGCAAGCAACUUAAAUUGUAUACACCAAGGUGAAGAAACCAGAACAGACUCACUUUCAGAGGAUUAUAGCAAAAAAUUUGAGGUUGAUUCAGAUGUUGAGCGGCUUACAGUUUCUGCAAAUGCAACAAGGCUCAGUACUUGUGAUGAUUUACUGGUUAAUGAAAAUGCAGUCACCAGUAAUGUACCUGGUGAUAAUAUAGAAGAAUUUACCAAUCUGGAACUUGUGUCUGAACAUAAGAAUGUUGGUUCUCAAUGGAACGAAAUGGAUAAACACAAUAUUAUAGAUGGUUUCUCCUCUGAUUUUGCUUAUAAAGAAUCUGUUGGUAAACGUUUGGACAUAAACUCUGAAGAUCUUGGGGACUCUGAUCUUUAUCAUAUGUUGGAUCAUAAUUUUCCUGCUACAGAAGUUGGCGACUCUCACAGAUCAAACGCGCCUUCAGCAAAUGAAAUACUAAAGAACUGGAAUGAGAGCAGAAAAAAAGAUGGUAUUUUAUUCUCCUUUCAGCUCUUCGACCAAAUGUGAGUUAAACUUUGGUACUGCAGUCUGUUCAUUUCAUCCAAGCUAAUACUUGUACAACUAGGGAUUUGCUCAUAUAUAUAUGUGGGGUUUUCACUAUUGAGUAUUGAUCACCCAAACGAUGCUGGGAUUGUCAGCAAAUCAAAAGCACUGAUAAAUCUAGAAGCAGAUUGCAAAUGUACACAUUGUAACUUUUUUUGUCACAGAUUUACUGAUACUAAUAUUUAUAAUCA